AACCAAUCAACAGCCUCAACGACCCCUGAAGUGAAGAAGUAUCGACCAAUCAUUAACUCAAGGAACGGGCCACAAUGGGAAAACUCAAUAUCCUCUAUCACAAGAGUUACCACGUUUAUAAUCGCGAAAAUGUUGAACGAGUCAAAAGGGAUGAACUCAAAGCAGAACUUGAAGCCGAAGCCAAGACUCAAUCGACGAUUGCUGCCAACUCUGAAGCUCGCUUGACACUCCUUCGUUCUCAAAAGGAUCAAAUCAAAUCUGAGAGUGGCAGAAAGAAAGAGAGACGAAUUGAAAAAGUGUUGGAGGAUCAGUUGAAAGGCAAGAAACCGGCAUCGCCACCUUCAAGGGAUGAGCCAUCAAAGCGCUCGACAGAUAAUUCAUCCAUCAUUGAUCCCAAGAACGGUCACAUCAACUUUUGGUCCUCCCUCGAGAAUCAGUCCACUUCGAAACAAUUUGAAAACUCCAAGAUUCUUGAUCAAAAUGAAUCGCAUGUAAGAGAUAGGAAGAAGGCGGACGAAAAAUGGGACGCAAUGAUCACAAUGCGCUUGGAUCGACCGGCUCAUGAGCUCAAGCCAUGGUACUCACAAUCCGAUCUUACAAAUGGAGAAGACAAGAAACAAUCGGAACGAAAGAUAAAAGAACGCUCAUCCAAAGACAAGCAACUGAAGAACACGCACGAUCCGCUCUCAUCCGUUCAAACCUAUCUCCAUCAGCGAGAAUCUGGUCGUUCUGGUUCUUCCAUUCUACCUUCAUUACCAACUCGCCGGAGCUGGAAAAAACGUCAAGCUUCGAGAUCGCCAUCUCCUCCCAUGUCAUUGAACAAGCGUACAUCCGACGACGUGGAAUCCGAUGAGGACUGUUAUAUGCCUAGUUUACCCCCGGUAUCCCAUCCCGAAUCGUCUAAUUUACCGAUAGUGCAGAUUGUGCGAGUCGAUUCUGAUGCCGAGCGACGUAAAGCACAAGCGCUCAUCGCUUCACAUCGUGCACCGUCAGAACAGGGCACCCCCAUGGCUCACGCUGAUCUGUAUAACCGCAAUGAGAUGCGAGAGAUCAUGGCAGGCAAAAGAAGAGGUGGGGAUAACCAAAGGCCACGGGACAAGAGGACCAGAUAUUGGGAUUCGUAGGGUCAGCGUGAUCCGGAAUGAUCCGUAUCUGUAUCUUUUCUCUCUGUAUCAUUAGCAGAUGUACCAUAUGCUUUCAUGCGUUGAUGACGCAGCGUGUUUGUUUUUGUAUGAACCAGUGUUGGGAAAUUUGAUAGACAAGCAUUGGUGAUGGCU